AUGCCAGCGAGCCUGGAGGACAAGGGUGGAGUGGGAGGGGGUGAGGGGAAGGAGCCGACUUUGAGGAGAAACAUGGAGAAUUUGUGUUUAGUUAAGUUGAAGAUGUUUAUGAGAUAUCCACGGGGAGAGAGAGACCAGCUAAGCAGUAAGGAUGUGGUCUUUUCAUGUGGAGUGGACAUCAUCUGGGAAGUGAAAAAUUACUGGAGAGCUCAUAUAAUUCCAGAGAGUCAGCCCUCCUCCUUCCAGCUGCAGGAGUUUGUUCAUCUCUGCUCUGCAGUGACACAGUGGUUACCAAGCAACGCCCUUCCCUUCUUCUGA